AUGCGUCAUAGAGCCCUAUUUACUUUACAGUCAGUAACGUUAUUUAUAUGGUUCGCUACAGUAGCUUCAGCAAGUAAGUAAACCUAUAUUAUAAAGCAAGACUUUUAUCAUUUAGCGACAGGAAAAGAAUGUGUAUGUGGCCGCGAACUAAAACCAGUAUGUGGAAGUGAUAUCCAUACCUACGAAAAUGAAUGUCAAUUCAGUUGUGCUCAAGCUAUAGACAGUACGUUACAUAUUCACUACAAGGGAGCUUGCUGUCCUCCUGCUAGUUUAUGUUCAACUCAUUAUAAUCCGGUUUGCGAUGAAAAAGGUAAGACUUCUAUAAAUGUUAGACAAAAAAUAACAUUUUAGACAAAUCCACAAAAAUAAAUCAAAACCUUUUCAUUAAAUUCCUACUUCUUAUUAACUUAACAGAUUUGAUAUUUAAGGGACAAGUUACGAAAACGAAUGCCAUUUUGAAUUCCAAAAAUGUGUAGCAAAGCGAACACAAAAUGUCGUUCUAAAACUAAAAUACAGAGGCAAAUGUGAAAGCGACAGUGAGUCAGCAGCCUUAUUACCUCAAGAAGAACUGGUCACUAAAAGCAGCAGUCGAUGUGAGUUUGAAUGUCCAGAUGACGAAGACUUUGUGUGUGACACUAAUGGAAUUACCCAUCAGAACACUUGCUAGUGAGUUUUAUUCAAACUAUUUUUGAUCUAUUAGUUGUUAUUUAUAUUGCGGUAAUUCAGAAAAUAUUGCAAAGUUUUUUCUUUUACGGCCUUCAUUUUACUGAACAAUAAUUAGUUUGUUACAUUAUUUGCUGAAAAUGUAACGGUUAUUGCAGUUUCGAGAGAAUAUUGUGCGCAUUGAGAGAACGAGGUCGACAACCCAUCGGAAUCGAACACGAUGGAAAGUGUAGCGAAAAUAGUGAAGAAGACAUUCUGGCAGAAACCCCACACGAUGAUGUGGUUAAACUACGUAAGUCAUAUAUAGUUCAAAAACUUACAAAAACAUUUUUCAAAUUUAAAUUAUAAAAAAACAAACAUAAAAAUAUUAAAUAUGCCAAAAACUUUCAGCAAAACCAUCUACAUCAACAAUAUCAACCCCAGCUCUUGCAUUCGGAGCCAAAACCCUUGAUGCUUCAAAACGUUCACCCCAUCUGAAUCCCCUGCCUCAAUCUCAACUCUACGAAACUGGAGACGGCACCUUGAUUCCACUACAACAAGUUGACAGUACGACCAACCAAGACACUCAGAAACCCAAACCCGAGACCCAUACCCUCGCCCCAGUACAACAUGACGAACAAUGCUCGGCUGAAUGUGACAAACGAUGGGAACCAGUGUGUGAUAACAAGAACAACACUCAUCGCAAUAUUUGUUUGUACAGAUUCAGAAUCUGCAAAAUGAAAAAGUCAAGUAUGGGGAAGGAACACAUUCCCGACAGUGUUCGGCCGGGUGCUUGUGAAGAUACGGUAAGUUCUUGCCAAGUUCAGGAGAAUUUUUUAAAUUUACGGCACAGUAAGUAACAUACGCGUAAUACAGUUUGCCCAUUACAAAUUCAAAAACGUAUUUAGAAGCCAACCACGAUAACAACAAAAGCACCAGUACCAACUACAACAGUCGCCUCCAAAACAGAAGAAAACUGUAGGAUAUGUGAAGACACAAAGCCAAGAACUCCAGUAUGUGAUAAUACUAACCAUACUCAUCAAUCGACGUGUAUGCUGGCUCAAUGGAACUGCAAGAUGAGACAACACAAGAUUGAGGAGAGAGUGCUAGUCCACGUUGGAGCAUGCAGAGCCAAUUCUCUCACAUUUUCACUUGCGGUAAGAAAAUUUGCCUUGGGAAGAAUAUAAUUUUUGGUAUACACUGGUACCAGAAAAACCAUCUAGACAAUACAUAACUAUAACAAUCUUAAUCGAACUAAAAAGACCAUAUUCUAACUGAGAGAACUAUGAUUGUGCCAUACCCUUCAUAAAAAAUGCCCUUAUAUGUCAGUUUAUCGUGCAAGGUAGUAAUUGUUCCAAGAACAGUGUAAACACCAUGUGUAUUUUGGUGCAUCAAAUUUAAAAUGUGUAAACUUGUCAUUUCCAGAAGGAGGAAUGCCCAAAACAGUGUACGAACCAAUACAAACCCGUAUGUGACAGCCAAGGAAUGACGCAUCCCAACCUCUGCACAUUCCAGAUGUUCAACUGCAGACAGAGAAAGCAGGUAACACCAAUAAGUUUCGAAAUUCAAAUAAAUUAAAGUAAAAUACCAAAAUUUACAAAAACAAACAAAAAGAUCCAACUAACUAAGACUUUCAGAAGCUUCCAAACACCUCCUGGCUGAUUAGCCUUGAAGAAUGUGCCAAAUCAAAAACAACCACACCCAAAACGACAACAACAACCAGACCUUCCACUAGACCACCAGCACCAACAGCUCCCCUCACUAUCACUCGACUGGUCGGUUGGAAGAAAGAUGACAAAAGUGGAGAACGAAAGGAAGACGCGUUUGUCACGCAAUCAGUUAUGACACAAAACAUAACACAGACCGACUUCGAGUGCCCGGAACCCUUAUGUCCUGAAGAGAAGGAACCAAUAUGUGACAAUGAAGGUACGAUUCACAAAAAUUUGUGUAUGUUCGCUUAUGCACGAUGUCUGGCAGCACGAGAAGGAAAACUGAUAAGCGCAGUAGCUGAUGAAGAAUGUACUGCCAAUCAAUGUCGAAUCAUGGAGAACAAGGACUGUAAGAAAGAAGACACAGAACAUAUAUGUGGUACCGACUUCAACACUUAUGCCAAUCACUGUGAAUUCGCCAAAGCUCAAUGUCAAGAUACAGAGCUGGAAGUGCUGUUUAAAGGAAAAUGUGAGAUUUGUUUGACCAAACCAUGCCCAUUUAUCGACAGCAGUGACCCUAGUAUACCGGAAAGUGAGUUGGUCUGUGACCAGAACGGCGAAACCAAAACGCAAUGUGAAUUUGAAAUGAUCAAGUGCAUAUACGAAAUAAAGUUGGGGCACAACAUUACUGAAGCUUAUGUAAGUUUGUAAAUGCACAAAUCAAACCUUAAUUGACAAAACAACUGAUAAAAGAUUUUUAUAUAAAAACUUUGUGCAAAAAUAACCAAAGUUCAAAAAAAUAAUACCUUAUCAAACACUUUUUAGACCGGUCGAUGCUGCCCUACCCUAGAAUCAUGUGUAAGCACCAACCAACCAGUCUGCGACACCCGCAACCAGCAACACCGCAACUUGUGCCACUUCCAGGUGGCUCAAUGUCGCGUGUCCAAGAUUGAACUGUCCACAACCUUACUUACUUUGCGUAACAAUGGCACUUGUAAAACUAUGGCCAAACAACCUACUCCAAUCGAGAUCAAACCUCCAGCUCUUCAACAAACCAAACCUGAAGAUACUACAGUACACCCAGCCAUCUUAACUACAAAACCACCAGUCAACCAUCAACCACUGACUACACAGACAAAACAAACACUCUACAGAAUCCAGCCGACCAAACUCAAUCAGCCAACAGCCUUCUCAGCGGUUACUGCAGUGGCACCAACUGCAAAUGGUCCAUUUAAUACCGUACCCAACAGUGCAAUGAAUACACCAAACAGCCAACCUGUAUCAAACACCCAAGAAGAAGGAAUCCCAGGUACUUUAUACGUUUGUCGUCGUCCUGGACGACCAUUUAGAGUACCACGCCGCCGACAGUACAGACGCCGUACCUACAGGCGUCGUGUGCCAUACCAAGCACGACGGUACUGGCGCUACUGGUACUGGACACAUGCACGCACUUUCAGAUCCUCCCCCACUCGCAGAGGAUGAGCACUAAUAGUUUUGACAUUUCACAAAUAGUUUGGUCAGAAAGUCCAUAGAAAAUGUUCUCUUUACUUUUUGACCAAACUUUUUUAUUUCUUUUUCACUUUUUUUCAUUUUUUCACUUUCUCUUUUCACAUUUUUAUAGAUUGUACGGUGUUUAUAGGUACGUUUGUUUUCCUACGACAAUAUCAAAAAAUAUGGCAUAAUGUUGUGAGACCUACAACAGUAUGCCCUAUAUUUUAGUUGUAGGUAAAUGAAAUGCAAACCCGUUUUAAUUUUUUGAAUUUUUUAUUUUUCAAUAUUAGUUCGACCAAAAAUUAUAACAAUAUUGCUCAAAACAUACUUUUUUACCACUAACUUUUUGAUAGAUUAAUAUUCACUUUGCAAUUUUUAUCGGUCUUACCGUUUUCGCGCACCAAUAGUUACCACGCUCACAUAGAUCUCCAUAGUACACAUGACAUAUCAUUGUGCAUUAGCUAUGCUUUGUUUGCAUUUUUAUUACGUUAAUAAACCUUUUACUCUAAUUUUUGCUUUUUCAAAAUUUGAAUAUAACACUGCUUUUCAAAAGCACUGCAUUUUGCACCAAAGACAGCCACAAAUACAAUAACAAUGUAAAACAGUACUACACCUAUCUUCGUAAUAACUAUACAUAACUUCUACUGAAUUUUAGAAUCAGCAGAAGAUGCCAAGCUCUUCCCAAUGGAAAUCCAACCCUCAAUCAUCUGCGACUUUAACUGUACUGAUGAGUACGAACCGGUUUGUGGCUCUGAUCAAAUAACUUACAUUAACAAAUGUCACUUCGAAGCCAAGCAAUGCCAGAUUAAGCACAAAUGGAUGCAGAACAUCAACCACGGCCAUCAUGACAUUCACAAUCCACAUCAUCAUUACCAUCGAAAUGACAUUCACACUGGUACCACGUUGAUAUACGAAGGUGCAUGUUGUAGUGUACUAGACUGUUGGGAUGAAUUCAAUCCAGUCUGUGACAACCUCGGUAGAACGCACCUGAACCUCUGUGUGUUCAGCAACGAAAGAUGUCUUGCUUUGAGACACAAGUCGGCCAAUCUGACAAUCAGCAACUUUGGAUUAUGUCCUGGAGACAAUUGUGACAUCGAGUGUCCAAAGAUGUACCAGCCAAUUUGUGGGAGCAAUGGUAAGAUGGUGUUUGAAGCUAAAAAACAUAAUUUUAAUAUUUUUUAACAAACGAAUUUUUCCUCUAAAUUUUAACCAAAACAUUGAAAAAUCGUUGAUUAAAACCUUGUUUUAGGUGAAACAUACGUAAACGAAUGCGAAUUAAGAAAGCUGAACUGUGUGAAACGAAAGUCUGCCAACCGCAAAGAAAUAUUGGUUGAUUAUCCUGGUAAGCCAAAUGAUAAAAUCUGACGUUAACAGCUUCGUAUUUUAUUAAUAAAAUAUAAUGUUUCAGACGAAUGCUGUGAAGUAAAACAAUGUCCUGAGUUCUACUCACCUGUUUGUGAUAUCAAUGGUAAAACACACGUGAAUAUGUGUGUGUUUGAAGCUGAACAAUGUGUAGCACACAAGAGGAACGGCACCAACAUCAAAUUAGCAUACAAAGGAGCUUGUUGUGGAGAUACCGAUUGUCCUGAUGAUGAAGAUGAGCCCAUAUGCGACGGAGAGAAGACACAUCGGAACUGGUGCCAUUUUAGGUAACACUUUAUAGACGAAUUCAUUUUUUUUUGAAGUUUACAAAAUUAAUUUUGUAAAUAUAAUUUUUCGUAGGACGCAGUUUGCGUUUUCCUUUUUCGUAUAAAAAGUAAUUAUAGGCAAUUUUUAUACGAAAAAAUAAUAUUUUCUUAAUUUUUUCUAAAAUCUUGUCGAUUUUUCACCAAGCACAAAUUCAGAGUCGCUCAAUGUGAAGCAGAGAAGCAGAACUCGUCGGUAACACCUCAAUAUGCUGGAUUAUGUUGUGAAUUACCUAAAGGAUCUUGUGAACAGACUUCAGAGUUGUGUGACACUUCUGGAAACACUCACAAAAACCGUUGCGAGUUUGAACUUGCUCGAUGUGUUCAAGAAAAGCAUGGGGAACAUAAUCUACAAGUGCUACAUGCAGGAAAGUGUUGUGAAGUGGCGGACUGUGCAGCUGUAGAUGAACCAGUUUGUGAUUCCAAUGGCAAAACCCAUCGGAAUCCAUGUUUAUUCCAAAAUGACGUUUGUGAGCAUAAUCAGAUGCAUAGGAAUCACACGAUUGAGAUUGUUUAUGAUGGAGAAUGUUGUGACGACCAUUGUGGGGACGAGAUACAGCCGGUCUGUGACGAUAAACGAGGAGUGCAUCUGAAUCUUUGUAAAUUCAACGUCAAAAAGUGUGAAGCUGAAAAGAGGUAAGUUGUUUUACGUUUUUGGUAUUUUAUGGUUACUUCAUUGAUUUACAUUUUUCUAACAUACAUAGGUUGAUUGUUGUAAAUUUAUGUUUAUAAUCUUGCUUUAAUUUACUGUAGGUAGUUUUUUUAAUCUUGAUGUUAUACUUGCUUUUUUCAGGGGAUCUGAAUCUCUUUCCCUUACUGUAUGUACAACUUCUCAACUGAAAUCGCUCAAGCAAAAGAUGUUUUGGUAG